CUAAUAGACAUUAUUCGUUUAAGAGAGAGAGAGAGAGAGUGUGUGUGUGCGCCUUAAAUAUUAUUUUAAACAAUUCUUCUAUUUCUUCAAAUGUCAGGAGAAUCAUAGGACAACAAUAACUUGAAACUUGCAAGUACUAAGAAGGAAGGGCAAAAAAAAAAAAAAACGUUAGUUGAAAUUCAUGAUUGUGUCUUUGUGGGUCUCAUUCAGUGUUGCAUUCUUAUCUUCCAUUUCACUAAGUACAUAUUAUUUACAACCAACUUGUGUAAAUUAGAAUUAAUUUCCAAAGCUUAAGAUUUUGUUGAACAUGUCCAACAAUUGCAAGGUGAAGGGCAUUCUAAGAGGGAUUAGAUUCAUUUCUCAGAUAUUUGAAAGUGAUAAAGAACAAGAAAUUGAGAUUGGUCAUCCCACAGAUGUGAAGCAUGUGGCCCACAUCGGGUGGCAGGGUCCUUCGGCUGAAAAUAAUCCUAGCUGGAUGAACGAGUUUAAAUCUGUUCAUGGACUUUCAGCAUCAGCACCUCUAAGUCUUCAUGGAGACAUUCAUAGCCAAGGAGAUGACAAUUCAUCCCAAUGCCUCUCCGACGAUUCAAUAAAAAGAGGUUCAAGGAGGCAAUCAAUGGGAAACAUGAGAGAAUCUCAUGCAAAGGAAAAAUCAGACAGGCCAAAGAAUCCCAAAACUAGGUCAUCCAAAUCAAAGGAAUCAUCAUCAUGCAAUAAUAAUGAAUCCACCAAUUCCAAAUGCUCCUCAGAGCAACCAUCAAAUGACAUGGACUCUAUCCAACAACAAAUCCAAGGUUGUAGUAGUGACUUAAAUUUGCAGCCACCUAGGAACAACCUAUUACCAGAUGUUCCUAAACUUAAAAGGACUAGCUCCACUAAAGUUAAAGAUGCUUCUUCCAACGCUGGUUCUACCUCAACCAAGUCAAGAUCAUCAAGAGCACAAAGAAUUUUGAACAAAGAAAUCUCUUCUAGAUCAGGCCACAAAGCUAGAAAGAAACAUAGACAUUUUGAAGAAGAUCAAUCAGAGUCAGAACAAGACCAAGACCAAGAUGGACAUCAAACUCAAAGGGGAUCUGACAAAAUCCUCUGGACAAAUUAGUGUAACAAUUCUUUCUACUACAAAGGCUUUAGCUACU